UCGAAAUAGAAUCAACUUCAAAGAUGUCAGGACGCGGCGGUGGCGGAAAAGGUGCCGGAAAAGCGCGAUCUAAGGCCAGGACUCGCUCCUCCCGGGCCGGGCUGCAGUUCCCGGUGGGCCGUGUUCACAGGCUGCUGAGGAAGGGCAACUACGGGGAGAGAGUGGGCGCCGGGGCUCCGGUGUACCUGGCGGCCGUGCUGGAGUACCUGACCGCUGAGAUCCUGGAGCUGGCCGGUAACGCCGCCCGGGACAACAAGAAGACCCGCAUCAUCCCCAGACACCUGCAGCUGGCGGUCCGCAACGACGAGGAGCUCAACAAGCUGCUGGGGGGAGUCACCAUCGCUCAGGGCGGAGUGCUGCCCAACAUCCAGUCCGUGCUGCUGCCCAAGAAGAACGAGAAGAACACCAAGAACAAGCCCAACAAGAAGAGGACCAGCACUGGGAGACCCCCCAGAAAGACUGUCAGACCCAAGAAGAGCGGCGCUGGCCGGAAGGCCACGCCCACCAAGAGAUCCAGGGCCAAGACCAGCAGCAAGAAGUAAAACCACCAGAAACCAACAGCAACGGCUCUUUUCAGAGCCACCACAGGUCCCUCUGAAGAGCUGCAGACCACCUGUAGACCACCAGCAACACCGAGAACCACCUGUAGACCACCAGCAACACCGAGAACCACCUGUAGACCACCGAGAACCACCUGUAGACCACCGAGAACCACCUGUAGACCACCAGCAACACCAGGAACCACCUGUAGACCACCGAGAACCACCAACACCUGCAGAUCCUCCUCUGCUAUGUGCAUCCUCACUCUCAGUAUUUUCAUAAAUAAUAUUUUUAUUAUUAAAUAAAAAUGACUGAAGGGCUGAAAAAGACUUUAACCAGUUUUAAACACAGACUAGUCUUCAUUUGAAUUUUUCAUUUUUUUUUUAAUUCAAAAUGUGUUUUGUUCCGUAAAUCCAACACAAUUAGAUAUUUUCGUCUUUAGAUUGGAUUCCAUAAAUCCAGGAAGAUUUGUU